ACGGCUGGGCUGCGUGCGCGCGGCUGAGAGCGAGAAGGCAUUAGAGCUAAGAGAGCUAGAGCGAGCGAGCGAGCGAGCAAGCAGCAGCAACAGCGGGCGUUCGCCCCCCCUGCGCCUCUCCGCCGGCCGGCCCCGUGCGCCACCGCUCUCUCUUGCUUCUCUCCUCUGCCCUGCCUGGCUUGACCUGACUCGAUCUCUGCCCGGGGCCACAGCCCGGAGCUCUGGGUGUGGGGGGGACCUCGCAGCCAGCCUCGGGACUCUCUUCAGCGCGCCGCCGCCGCUGCUGUCCCCAGACAAAGGCUUGGCCAGCGUCCCCGGGCCCGCUACGCCCUCCGAUCUUCCGCCUUGCCCUCCCCGGGGGCUCUCUCUGCUCUUCGCCCCCUCCCUCCCCGCGUGGUGCUUGGCUCGGCUUGGCUCGGGUGCGCUCCGGCCGGCCGAGCAAAGUUUCUCCCCCACCCCACCCCCCCACCCCCUGCGGCAGCUGCGACGGAGCCUCGCGUUAGCGAUGGCCGCGGAGCUGAGCAUGGGGCCAGAGCUGCCCACCAGCCCGCUGGCCAUGGAGUACGUGAAUGACUUCGACCUGCUCAAGUUCGACGUGAAGAAGGAGCCCCUGGGGCGCGCGGAGCGGCCGGGCCGGCCCUGCACGCGCCUGCAACCAGCUGGCUCCGUGUCAUCCACACCGCUCAGCACACCCUGUAGCUCGGUGCCCUCGUCGCCCAGCUUCAGCCCCACAGAACAGAAAACCCAUCUCGAGGACCUGUACUGGAUGGCGAGCAGCUACCAGCAGAUGAACCCCGAAGCGCUCAACCUGACGCCCGAGGACGCGGUGGAGGCGCUCAUCGGCUCGCACCCGGUGCCACAGCCUCUGCAGACCUUCGAUGGUUUCCGCGGCGCUCACCACCACCACCAUCACCACCACCCGCACCCGCACCACGGGUACCCCGGGGCCGCCGGGGUGGCCCACGAUGAGCUGGGGCCGCACCCGCACCAUCACCACCACCACCAAGCGUCUCCACCGCCGUCCAGCGCCGCCAGCCCCGCACAACAGCUGCCCACCAGCCACCCCGGGCCCGGGCCGCAUGCAGCGGCCGCCGCCACGGCCGCGGGUGGUAACGGUAGCGUGGAGGACCGCUUCUCCGACGACCAGCUCGUGUCCAUGUCGGUGCGUGAGCUGAACCGCCACCUGCGGGGCUUCACCAAGGACGAGGUGAUCCGCCUGAAGCAGAAGCGGCGGACCCUGAAGAACCGGGGCUACGCCCAGUCGUGCAGGUAUAAACGCGUCCAGCAGAAACACCACCUGGAGAACGAGAAGACGCAGCUCAUUCAGCAGGUGGAGCAGCUUAAGCAGGAGGUGUCCCGGCUGGCCCGAGAGAGAGACGCCUACAAGGUCAAGUGCGAGAAACUCGCCAACUCCGGCUUCCGAGAGGCGGGCUCCACCAGCGACAGCCCCUCCUCUCCCGAGUUCUUUCUGUGAGUCGUGGCGGGUCCCGGCCUCUCUCCCCCACCCCAACUCCCAACAUCCCCACCACCAC